AAAUAUAAUGGCCACCUUCAUACACACUUCUAUUCACUUCUUCUGAUUUCAUCUUCUUAUCAUCUUCUGUAGAUUUCAUUGCCGUUUUCUGAACUAAAUGCGAUUGGUUUGCUUGCAUUCGUAGAUUUUGAUUUGUGGGUUUCUUGAUAUUCAAGAUAUUUCAUCACAGAGAUUUUCAAAGUUGGGUUUUUGAUUCUUCAUCAAUGGAGAUUAAUUCUGUUGAGAACAAUCCAGCUUUGAUGAAACCCGCAAAUAAGCAAGGUAAAAAAGACGUUAUGGGUGGCGGAAAGUUCGGUACGGAAGUUGUACAUAACCGGAGAGUAUUGGGUGUGAUUAAUCAGAAUUUGGGUGGUGCCGGCGUCGCCGGCGGCGGAUGUCGAGGAGGAGCUCAACCUCAUCCUUGUGUUGCUAACAAGAGAGCUUCAUCGCAGAAACUUGCUGCAAAUAUUGCCAACAAGAAACAGUGUUUCCCUGAGGAGAUUAAGUCAAAUCCCUCAAAUGACGACUUUGGUGUAUGGGAAGAUCAACCUGUGCCAAUGUUCUUGGAAACAUCAGAAACAACGUCGUAUCAAAGAGAUCAUCAUAUGGAGGAGGUUGAAAUGGAGGAUAUUUUCGAGGAAUCAGUAGUCGAUAUUGACAUUUGUGAUAAUGAAAAUGAGCUUGCUGUUGUCGAAUAUGUUGAAGAUCUUUAUGCUCAUUAUAGAAGGAUGGAGAAUUGUAGCUUGGUGUCACCAGACUAUAUGACACAACAAUUUGACAUAAACGAGAAGAUGAGAGCUAUACUAAUUGAUUGGCUCGUUGAGGUACACCACAAGUUUGACCUUCAACAUGAGACAUUGUUCUUGACAGUCAACCUCAUUGACCGAUUUUUAGCUAAACAAUCUGUUAUUAGAAAGAAUUUGCAAUUAGUUGGUUUGGUCGCCAUGCUUUUGGCUUGUAAAUACGAAGAAGUUUCAGUCCCUGUUAUUGACGAUUUGGUUUUCAUAUCGGAUAAAGCUUACUCAAGAAGUCAAAUUCUUGAAACGGAAAAGUUAAUGUUGAACACGUUAGAAUUCAACAUGUCGGUGCCAACAGCGUAUGUGUUCAUGAAAAGAUUCUUGAAGGCAGCUCAAUCGGAUUCAAAACUUGAGCAAUUGUCGUUUUUCUUGAUUGAGCUUUGUCUUGUGGAAUACGAGAUGCUUAAAUUCCCACCAUCGUUCAUGGCUGCAGCUUCGAUCUACACAGCUCAAUGCAGUCUUUAUGGGGUGAAUCAGUGGUCCAAGACAUGCCAAUGGCAUACGAACUACACUGAAGAUCAACUUCUGGAAUGUUCAAGAAUGAUUGUGGGGUAUCAUCAAAAGGCAGGAGUUGGGAGAUUGACUGGUGUUUAUAGGAAGUACAACACGUCCAAGUUUGGGUAUGCAGCAAAAAAUGAGUCAGCGAAGAUUCAUGUAUAGGAGAUCAAUUUUGCUACAGUGACUUGUACCAUAUGCAAUGGAACUAGUAUGAAGAUGGGCUGUAUGACCAGUCCAUGUGUGUGCUUUUAGGAAAUAAUUUUAGCAACUUCCUUUGUUGCCCAUGGUUUUGGGGGAGGAGGGGGAGGGGGUGGUUUUGUGUGUUGACUAUUUGGGGAUUCUUGUGAUGUUCAUAUUGAACAUAUUUUGUUUUACUAAUUUCAUGUUAUGAUUUCUUUGUUUAUUUUGACAAAAACCAAAUGAUUAUACAAAUUGAAGUUAUGAUUUCUUUGUUCA